UAUCUAAACACUGUGAUUCCAUAUGAGAAGAAAGGAACUCCUCCAUCUGUUGAYGACCUGCAGAUGCUCACAAAGAUUCUCUAUGCCAUGAAGGAAGACAGUGAGAAGGUGCCCACACUGCUGACUGACUACAUAUUAAAAGUUCUCUGUCCUACCUAAAGCACGGCCAGACCAGGGGCCAAAGUGUGACCCUCCUCACCUCUGGCCCUACCUGCAUGAGCGCCCCUUCUUCACCAUUAUCAACCACGGAUCCUCAUCAUCAACAUCCCUGUAUCUGCCUGAAGUCCAACCCCUGCCUCCUGCCGAGCUCCCCUCCUUUAACACGGCCAUCAGACUCCAACAUGUCUGAACAGCGGGUGGGACGCUCAGAGCCCACCUUUACAGGACUUYACUAAGGGAGCACGCCACCCCGCCGGUACUGACCCCGGAACCACCUGGUGCAGGGAGACCGUGUUAUCACUUUCUGUUUUCAACCUGUUAACAGCUGGAUUCUGAUUCUUCUCCUGUUCUCUGAUGCAUAAAGACGUCCUCGCACACAAACACACCUCUGUCUGUAAAAACCAGUUCUUUGAAUACAAAAGCCAUGCACCUCCUCUGCUCAGUACUGUAGCUCAACAGGAAAAAGAAACAACACGACUGCAGUGCUAAGCUUCUGUCCCAAAACCAACAUCCAGUGUUCUUCUGAUGUUUUUAACUUUCAUUUUGAAUAUUUGAUAAAAGCUCAGUCAGAUUUUCUACCUUUAUUUACCRUUUCAUUCGAGUGAAAGGCUUCCCCACGUGCAGCCACACGGACACUUUAAGUUUCGAGUCUAGCUCGUUUUGCAGCUAUUCAUAUCUGCGUAUUUAUAACUUUCUUUGCUUCGUGUAGAUGAAUGUUGCAUCGCUUUACUGCCAACUGUAAUAAACAUCAAUCCUAAAUCCUG